AUGCCUCCCAAUCCCAAUAGUACCCCUGACCUAGAAAAACAGUUUGAUGAAUCGGAUAGCUCAAGACGUCACCUAGAGGGGCCAUGGUGGCGAAAGAGCAGAGGCCAAUUUAGGACUCAGACAGGUUUCCUGUCACUACGAAGCAAGAAUACCACACCUGAAGCAAGCAAUGAGUUCACUAUUGUUCACCAAAAUUUACGUCACCAAGCGCUUGAUGUUCUCUUUGGGCUGCCGCCAGCCCAUUUAACAGAAUGGGAGGGCUUGCAUUCGUUUUUGUACCACAUGGAGACAUGCUUCACAGAACUGCUGGAUACUCGUUUCGCUUUUAUAUGGAAGCUCAUGGGACAAGAACAGCCCUCCGACCCCGUGCUUGUAUGGGCCUGGUGCUUUUUCGUAAUCGAUGCCUUUAAGGCCUCGAAAGAUGCUGAUCCAAGCAUUGAUAAAAUAUGCCGGAAGAUGCUGGAAACGGUGAGAGGGGCAAUGACCCGUGGGGGCGAUAGAUGCGAGCCUAACUACGAGGAAAAGAAACACAUGUUACAGGCGAUAUUCGCCGUACUCUGUUGGACUUCAGCUACGCUAGAGCCCAUAAUUGGAGACGCUGCAACACAGCUAUCCAAGAAAUCACCAAAUCCAGAUGAAUUCGUCGAAGAAGGCAACGUCCUGCUGGAAUCUGCGCUCUUUGCGAGUAACUGCUCCCGCAACUACUCAUCUAGCCAACUGCGCCGGCCUGCCAGCCUAAUGUUCCACACGUAUCGACUUCAAGUUCCGACCAACGCUGGUCGGGGAGAGGGUACAUGCACUAGUCUCGAUCUUCAGCCUCCCGGAAUCAAUCUUGAAGAUAUGCUGUACGAGCCGAGUUUGACCUUCGACUCCCUUCAGAUGAUUGGGCGUGUUGGAAUUAAAUGGGUAGAUACUCUGACUGCUCAUCUGUCCUUCAACCGUCUUACACGAGAGCUGUCUGUAUAUCGCUACCCUUCAUUUUGUGUAGCCAAGAUACUCUCAAAGCAAAAAGUCGAAGUCGUUGAAAAGUAUGUACACUUUACUGAGCUCCAUUUGCCAGCUUAA